GUAGCCUAAAAAGCAUGUAAGACAGCAUAAUAAGCUGUGCAGGCCAUCAUCCCAAACCUUGCAACACAGCUAGGCUAGCCACAAUGAUUUCCUUAGCAGAUGCUUAUCAUGUGGUGAUAACCACUGUCCCUUUAUACGUGACCAUGAUACUCGCCUACAUCUCAGUGAAAUGGUGGAAGAUUUUCACACCAGAUCAAUGUUCAGGCAUAAACAAAUUUGUGGCCAAAUUCUCAGUCCCACUCUUGUCAUUUCAAGUCAUUUCCUCCAACAACCUCUACAAAAUGAGCAUGAAACUCAUGUAUGCUGAUUUUGUUCAGAAACUGCUUGCUUUUCUGGUGUUAACAGCAAUCACUAAGAUCAGAGGAAAAGGAGGUUUGAAGUCGAUCAUAACUGGUUUUUCAUUGUCAACACUCCCUAACACUUUGAUUCUGGGAAUCCCACUCAUGAAGGCUAUGUAUAAGGAUGAAGCUGUUGUUUUCAUAGCACAGAUUAUUUUCUUGCAGAGCAUGGUAUGGUACAAUUUGCUCUUGUUUCUUUAUGAGUUUGAUGCUGCCAAGAGUACUAGACCUGCUACACCACCUUCACAAGGCACAGGAGAAACGGAGACAGCUCGUGAAGUACAAUCAAAAAGAGAAGAAGAUGAAGAACCAGGAACAAAAAGGAGAGUGAAGAUCUUGCCAAUUCUUGUCACAGUGGGGAAGAAACUAAUCAGAAAUCCUAAUACCUUUGCAACUUUAAUAGGUUUUAUUUGGUCAUGCAUACAAUUCAGGUGGGGAAUACAUAUGCCUGAAAUGGUUAAUCAGUCAAUAGAAUUAUUGUCCAAUGGAGGUCUUGGUAUGGCAAUGUUCAGCUUAGGUUUGUUCAUGGCAUCACAGUCAAGCAUUAUAGCAUGUGGGCCAUGGUUAGCAAUGGUGGCAAUAGGACUCAAAAUUGUGGUAGGACCUGGCUUAAUGGCUGUGGCAUCCCUUGUCACUGGACUAAGAAACACAUUGUUUAAAGUGGCAAUUGUUCAGGCAGCACUACCACAAGGAAUUGUUCCUUUUGUUUUUGCCAAAGAGUAUAAUGUCCAUCCAGUGAUUUUAAGCACUGCGAUCUUGUUAGGGAUGCUCAUUGCCUUGCCGGUGGAAUUGGCCUUUUACUUCCUCUUAGCACUAUAAAGGGUUGUGUUAAAUAUAUGGGCAGUUAGAUUACUGGAAAAUAGUUCAUACUUCAUACACUUCUAAUAUGUUAAAAAUCCUUCUAAUAUUGAUUCUAUAUAAAGCCAAAAUCAGUUGAGGAGCUUCUGUGUGUAGCUUCUUGUGCAAAAAUUGAUUCUAAGGAAAAAUAUAUUAAUCCUGAUAGAAUAUGAAAAGGAUAUCUUAUAGUAUCUCAUCAUAUC